AGAGACAGACAGAGAGAGAGAGAGCAUCAAGGCACCAUCAGAGCAGGCUCCACCAUCCACAGACUGUGAGGUACAAGUGCCACAAGGAGACUAUAUUCCGCGAUAAUAAUGGAUGGGACAAAGCCGGCCAUGGAGUCCAACGCAGAGGAGACUCAGGACGAGGGGCAGGAGAGCAAAGGAUGCUUCGAGUGCUGCAUCAAGUGUCUGGGCGGGGUGCCCUACGCCUCCCUGGUGGCCACCAUCCUCUGCUUCUCAGGCGUGGCCCUGUUCUGCGGCUGCGGCCACGUGGCGCUGACCGGCACCCUGACCAUGCUGGAGAUCCACUUCUCCCGAAUCACAACCGACCACGCCACCCUCGCCAUGGUGAUCCAGAUCUUUCAGUACAUCAUCUACGGCAUCGCCUCGUUCUUCUUCGUCUACGCCAUCCUCCUGCUCGCCGAGGGCUUUUACACCACCAGCGCCAUCAAGAAGGAGCUGCAGAGCGACUUCAAGACGACCGUGUGCGGACGCUGCAUCACCGCCUUCUUCAUGUUCCUGACCUACAUCCUCUUUCUGGCCUUCCUCGCCAUCUUCGGCUUCACGGCGAUACCCGUCUUCCUCUUCUUCAACAUGUGGAACACCUGCGCUGCCAUGAGGUCUCCUGACUCCAACAUCACCGCGCCUGACUCCAUCUGUGUGGACGUGAGGCAGUAUGGUAAGUUCACCCACCGCAACCCCACCAAAAUGAAUGUGAUCGCCGUUUCCUCGACUUUGUCAUGCAGUCCUUCAUGUACCUUAUUCGUCCAUUUCUGAAACUCUGCUGCUGUA